AUGCUUCAACUAGCCAGAAGAUUCUGCCUAAGCAGCCGUCUCAAUGCUGACUUUUCUCAUGUUGUGAUUGGCGGAGGUGUCGUGGGAACGGCGAUAGCAGCUGAAUUGCAAAAUGUUCCAGGCAACAAUGUCACGCUUUUGGAACAGCACGAGAUGCUAGGCUUCGAAACCACCAGCAGAAACUCCGAGGUGAUCCACGCCGGGCUCUACUACCCGCCAGAUUCGCUCAAAGCCAAGUUUUGCAUCAGAGGCAAGGAAUUGAUCUACAACAAGGUAGAUCCACAUAUCGUUCCCUACAGCCAGUGUGGGAAAUGGGUGGUUGCUCAGAAUGAGGAGGAACAAGCGUACAUUGAGAAGCUCCACAAGAAAGCUGACGCAUUGGGGGUUCCCGUUUCACUCGUUUCUGCCAAACAAGCAGCCAGUGAGUUUCCCAUGAUCAGCGCCAAAGCAGGCGCCUUGGAGUCUCCAACCACAGGUAUCAUUCUGGCUCACGACUUGACGCUUUUCUUCCACACACAAUUCGAGAAUGAAGAAGGUACCGUUGCAAUCAACACAAAGGUCGACGAUAUAGAAUUUGAGUCUUCCGUUCCCCAGUACAGAUUGUUGUGCACGGAGAAGGGCCUGGGUGAGCAGUUCGAGAUCACCGCAGACAACAUCGUCAACCUGGCGGGAUUGUAUGCCCAGGAGAUUGCCAACAAGUUGCUUCCAAAAGAGCGCCACUUCAAGAGCUACUUUGCCAAAGGAAGCUACUACUCAUAUAUGCCCGAGAAUCCAAUCCCCACCAGCAAGAUCACUUCUAAGCUCAUUUACCCAUGUCCUAACCCAAAUGCGUCCAGUUUGGGCACACACUUGACCUUCGACCUCGGAGGCCAAUUGAGAUUCGGCCCUGACCUUGAAUGGGUAGAUGUGGAGAGCGCCGACGAUCUCGACUAUGACGUUUCAGAAGAGAGGCUAGCUGAUGCUGCCAAAUCCAUCGCAACGUACUUCCCUAGCAUCACCGUUGACCAGCUCCAAUCCUCCUAUUCGGGAGUGAGACCCAAGCUUCUUUCCCAGGCGGACAACAAGAAGCAGUUUGCUGACUUUUACAUCAAGGAAGAAGACGGCUUCCCUGGAUUUGUGAACCUUGUGGGAAUAGAGAGUCCUGGACUCACCUCUUCAUGGGCGAUUGCUGAGCAUGUCGCUGGGCUUUAUAAAUAG